AUGAAUUCCGCUUUGAGGCGCGCUUUGUCGCCAGGUCUACGGACAUCGCAGAUAUCGCAAGCAUUUGCCAAACACCAAAUACCAGCUGUGUACCGAUGUAACGCCGCGCCGACACCUUUUGGACGCGCUUUUACGACUUCAAGAUGUUUCAAACAAGAAGCUGCUGAGAUUCAAGAGGAGGCUAAAAGAAGGGAUGAUUUGAGCGAAAAGGCUCGCAAAAGAGAUAUGAAGAAGGUUACGUCAGGUGCUAGCGCUCAAACGUUAGAGAAUGAUCGACCAUGGCAUAGAGCCGACUCUGGAGCAGAGCCAAAUGGCGAGAAAGAUGUUCCUGAUAAAGAUCAAAUGAAGAAGGGACGUCUCUUGACAACGCCGACUCGCCUGCUGAAGCUCAUCCUACCGAUGCCCUUCCACCCCGAACAAGAGCACGUCAAUAGACCAGUGAAAGAGGAAGUCGACGACACGAGUGAAACUGUCGAGCCAUUGGCUCUUCUUGUCCACCCCCAUCAACCACUUUCGUACCUCGAGCGAUUGAUCCAAGCUGAGAUUCCACCCGUUCAUUACAAGGGCCGCGAGAAGCUCCCCGACAUUGUCUUCCGAGCCGAAGCCGACCAAGAAGAGCAGACCGGGAAGAAGGAUAGCAAGAAGAAGAGCAGCAGCGCCAGCGCCAGCUCCAAUGUCGCAUCAUACUCUGGACUCGGCCACGAAGGCCCUUCUAAUAAAGAGGCCAAUUGGGUGCGAUGGAGCGGCAGUACCGAGAUCGGAGACUUUAUCAGAGAUGCUGCUCGUGGACGCGAGUUUGCGAUCAACAUUGAAGGCUAUGAUAACGAACUUCGAGUCGCUGUGCCCAGCUUCAGAGACCGUACUUACUACAUGCGCAUGAGCCUGCGACGCAUGUCACGCGACAUCGAAGGCAUGUCCAAGGUCAAGAACGAAUGCGACGCCCUAGCUCACAAGGGAGCACACCGUCUCGCACAGGGAGGUUUCGCUGCUCUAGCCGGAUGGUGGGGAGUUGUUUACUACGUUACAUUCCACACUCAAUGGGGAUGGGAUUUGGUAGAGCCCGUCACAUAUCUCGCUGGUCUGACAACCGUUAUGGGUGCUUACCUGUGGUUCUUGUACAUCAGCCGUGAUCUCAGCUACAAGGCCGCCAUGAAGGUGACGGUGUCCAAGCGACAAGCCGCACUAUACCAAGAGCGUGGAUUCGACCAGAACAGAUGGGAGCAGCUUGUUCACGAGGCCAACCAAUUGCGACACGAAAUCAAGAUCAUCGCAAGCGAGUAUGAUGUUGAUUGGGAUGAGAAGAAGGACCUGGGAGGUGAGGAAGUCAAGAAGGUUCUUGAAGAGGAGAAGCAAGGUCGUGAUGGCACCAAGGUGACACAGGACAAGGACGAUGAUGGAGGCUCCGACACAUCUGCCGAGAUCAAGAAGAAGCAGUAA